GCUUGGUGGAGAAUCACAACUCGUGUUAAUGAAAGCGUUUAUGACGAGCAAAAAAAGUUUAAAAAAAAAAUAAAUAAACCACCGUGAAUUCAGACGAAGUGCAAACUCCACUUAAACUAAGAGAUAUACAGCACCUGUCUGUUAUGGGCUAAAAUAUAUCAACACCAUCAUCAUGGGGAAAACCCAGAUCUGCAUUUUGUGUGAAAUUGUCUACAACUCCAAACAGGAGAUGGAUGAGCAUAUGAGAAGUAUGCUACAUCAUCGCGAGCUGGAGAAUCUUAAAGGCCGGGACUGUGGGCACGAGUGUCGGGCAUGUGGGGUGACUGUGGUAAGCCUGACAGAAUAUGCUGAUCACAUCUCCAGCCCCAUGCACAAGCAGCGCGUGGAAGCCAUUGACAAGCAGAUAUCAAAAGCGGACCAGGAUGAGAGCUACUUUGAUAAAGAGAUGGUGGAGCUCAUUGAAAAACGGAAAAAAUUCAUCAGACAAGAGGAAGCAGCUUUAAGGAGGGCUAGAGAGGAAAGAGAGACCAUGAGAAAGUGGCAAGAUAUUAAGGAACAGUGGCACGAUCAUAGGCAGUGGCGCCACCAACAAGGUGGCUCUUGGGGCCCAAGAUUCCCCAACUUUCCCCUGCCAUCCAGAGAUGGGUUGAAUACCAACUUGCAAGAACCACAGAGGGGCCCUGAGUUUGAUCGUGACAACUGGAACAGGCGUCAGAUUAGGAGUGCCACUUGGCAUGCUGAAGGGCCCCCUGACUUGCAGAGAUGGGAAUCCUUUGAUGGACGAGGUCGAAGCUUGCACAGUAGGGGAAACUACUGGGGAGGAAGACCAGGCAUGUAUGCAGGUUGCCCUCCACAGCAGAGAAACCAGUCAGCCUGGUCCAACACAGAAGGCAACAGAGGGAACUUUGACAGACAAAAUGUCUUGAAUUGGCAACGCUCCAAAGUUAAUCACUGCACUGCAUUAUCUAGGACACAUAACCACCAGAAACCACAGCAUAGUACUGAGAGCCAGAAAAAAAUCUACCAAAGACAGGAAGGUUGUGCAGAGAAUGAUUCUGCAAAGGGAAAGGGGAAGUGUGACAAAACCCAUCGUUGGGCACCAUAUCCUCCAGCUUUGAUUGGAGAUACUUUAUCUCAAAGUGAUGUCCAGCCUUCUUCAGAGGCGAAUUUAGACUCUCUUGGACUUGGUAACAAAAGAGAUUUGACUGCAAACAACCGAGACUUAGAGGGGCAGUCACCAACAGAUGUUGGGUGCAACCUUCUUGAAUCCUCUAAACCCCAGAAAAAAAUUGAGAAAGAGUGCAGAAAGCAGAGCACCUGUCAAAUGAAGAGAAAUGAAAGCAGUGGGAAAACACAAAGACUGAAUCACACAUCUUCACCAUCUUCCUCCUUGCCUUCACCUACUCAGAGACUUCAGAAGACCACAAAGAAUUCAGAAACAAUUGAUGCUGCUGACACUGGUUCAGUGACUAAUCUCAGUCGAACAUCAAGUCAAGACUCUGUUACAUCUAAAGCUUCAAAGCAUUCUCACUCAAGCUCACAUCAAGCUCACAUCAAAUCCCAUCCAGCUGUUUCCCAUGACCAAGAAAAGGAACAUCUGCUUUCUGAAAUGCUGCGCAAAGCAAAGGAGAACCUUUUGCAUAAUCAAACCUCAGUAGAAAAGCCUGCCACAGAGGAUAACCUCAGUGGUGUUGAGCUGCAUAUCCAAGAAGAUGAGUUGUUAGAAGGUUCGGAGUUAAGCAGUACAAAAAAUUGUGGUAGAAUCAGUAAGAAGAAAUCAAAUGAGCACAAUGGAAGAAGGAAAGAAGAAGAACAAAAUGAAAGUAGCAAAGAAUGGCAGCCCCUCAGAACUAAGGUUACUGUGCCAUUUGGCUGCUCAACAUCUGAUAUGAAUAUGCCGUCUCUGCAAUCGCUGCAGGUCAGCACAUCCACUAUAGACCGGGAAGAUGAGGAGGAAUGUGCUGAAAGGGAGGAAGAGCUUAUUGAAGAUCAGGCAACACAAGCUACGGAUGAAGGCAUGAUAUCUGACAGUGAGGGCAGCCGCACAAGCCACUCUCUUGCCACAGCUGAAUGCUCAGUGCCUUCUCUGAAAAAGCUAGCCCUGCCUGCUAGUCUCAAACGGGAUCUGAACCGGCACAUUGGCAGCAAAGGCAAAGGAAUUGCCCAUGAGCCCAACCUGAACAUUGCACGCCGUUUCAGGAACGUAAGUGGCACACGUGAGAAUGAGAAAGACAGCGGCCUGAAGCCAACCCUGCGGCAGCUCAUCAGCUCCUCUGCUACCAGAAGAAAUGUUAACUGGGACCAGGUAUAUCAGGAAGUCAGUCGCAAAAAACAGGAGCAAGGCAAGGGUUUGCCAAGGUUUGGAAUAGAGAUGGUGCCCAAUGAUCCUGAGGGUGCAAGCCAAGUGGAAGAUAAUGUUCCUCUUUGUGAGGGCUUCCAUUGGGACUCUGUAGCUGAUAUUAGCCCAGCGUCUCUAUUUCCAUGCAAACGCAACAUGUCAGAAAGCAGUGUUAUCACCCAUAGCACUACAGCAUCUUGUUCACUCCUCAGAGAUGCAGAACCGACUUCUGUCACAAACUUACUAGACACUGUCAAGGAAAGGCUUCAGACUGUUCCUUCACUGAAGGAGGAGGAUUGUGAACAAUGGGAUAAUAAGGGCAUAGCUCAGGCCACAGAACACACAAAGGAAAUGGAUGUACAAAAGCCUGUCCAGGACACAGAGCCUGUGGAUGCGGAGAGUAGUUGCAUGUCAAGCGCUGAGCUGAAUGGAGGGAAGAAACGCAGAGCAGUGGGGGAUGUAGCAUCCCCAGAAAUCCCUAAUUCAGAAAGGAAAAACAAGAGGCUGAAAAGCAAGCCUAUGAAAGAACUUUCUCAGUUGGACGAUUUGUUGGCUGUUUCUUUGCGGGAGGAGGAACUGAACAGCUCUUUGCAGGCAGUGGAUAACAGUUUGAUCCAGGCUCGAUCAGCCCUGCAGUCUGCAUAUAUGGAAGUGCAGCGUCUGCUAUUGGUCAAACAGCAGGUAACCACAGAGAUGAGUUCCCUGAGGACCAAGCGUAUAGAAAUUCUACAAGGAUUACAAGGAGGGUUUGAUUCUCAAACAAGAAACUGUGAUAAGAACCUGACCACUGCACCAAUCCUGCCAUUGCCCUCUUUGAACUUGCCCGAACACACUGUUAAGCCAAGUAAUCCAGCUGCUACUUCUCUACUCUCAACAUCACCUGCCUCUAGCCCACCUGUUUUUGCAAUCAAAAAGGAGCGUUUGUCACCCAUAACUGUCAGCCCAGCACAAGAGCCUACAGGCAGCCCAUUAUCUGGCCCUCACAGUACCACACCAGAGCAAUCAGCAGCCGCUGUGUCCGAGACCGAUAUGGAACCUGCCAAUUUAGAUGCCAAUUUCAAAUGCAACCUUAAUGUAAAAGUGUGCCAGAAGAAUGUAGAAUGUGCCCAGGAUCACAAGUCACAGCUGUCUCCUGCCUAUCAAGCUCAAUUUGCAUCUCAGGAGCAUAUACCAGACCCCCCCACUCACCUGAAGUCUGUUAGUCCCGUUCUUAACCCAGUUUCUCCCAAGUGCUCUCCACCACACAAUAGCCCAGAUGCUAAAGCUGGGAAACGUAUAAGAAAGCUAAAGAAGAAGAGGGUCCUGAGGAAUACACAGGGAAGCAAGCAGCCUGACAUCAGUGACUCAGAGCUAGAUGCCAGUCAACCCUCCCGGCCUGUCCGCAAGCUACGUUCCCGUCGCCGUACCAGUAACUUUUGCUCCCCUCCCUCUGCUGCUGCUGAAGAAAAAGAGGAGAAUAUGGAGGUAACAGAUGCACCAGAUCAUCCUCCAGAGACAACGGGACCAACACUGGCUUCUGCUGGGAAGGAGACUCAGGAUUCUGACUCUUCAGCGCUGGAGAUGGUGGAGCUCCCCCAGUCUGUACCAAUGGAAGUCGUUAAUGUGGACUCCUCUGACCCAGAGGAGGAAGAUAGAAACCUUUCUCAGGUCUCCAAGGAGUCUGCUAAUGAGACGACACAAAGCCAGAACCUUGCAUGUAAUGAAGUCACCUCUACCAGUGGCAGUGUAGUCACAAGCUGUGAAAGUGCAAAGAAUGUGACACUGGCAGUUAUAAAGGAGUCCAAAGCAUCUUCCGAGGCAUCAUCAGAUGCUGGUGAAGAGGAUAUGCCAACUGAGGGCUCAUUUGAAGGUCAUCAGGAGGCUGUAAAUGGAAUGCAGGUCCAUAAUGGUUUGCUGUAUACAUGCUCAGGAGACCGCACCAUACGAGCAUUCAACCUGAUGAGUCGUAAGUGUGUGGCAGUGUAUGAUGGGCACAGCAGUAAGGUGAACUGCUUGGUGGUAUCAUCUGGACCUGGCUUGCCACAGCGAAUCUACUCUGGAUCUAGUGACCAAACCGUCCGCUGCUAUAACAUCAAGACCCGGGAGUGUGUGCAGCAGCUCAGCCUCCCCGACCGUGUCCUUUGCCUUCAUAACCGUUGGAAAGUGCUUUUUGUGGGGCUGGCUAACGGCUCAGUGGUCACGUUCAGCCUUAAGAGAAACAAGCAGCUAGACAUUUUUGACUGCCACGGGCCACGGGCGGUGAGCUGCUUGGCUACGGCGCAGGAAGGUGCACGGCGCGUGUUACUUGUUGGCUCUUAUGACACUACCAUCAGUGUAAGAGAUUCUAAAAGUGGCCUUCUGCUACGUACCCUAGAGGGGCACACUAAAACAGUCCUCUGCAUGAAGGUGGUAAAUGAUCUAGUCUUCAGUGGAUCCAGUGACCAGUCUGUCCAUGCACACAAUAUACAUACGGGGGAGCUUGUAAGGGUCUAUAAGGGCCAUAGUCACGCUGUCACUGUGGUGGCCAUACUGGGGAAGGUGAUGGUCACAGCAUGUCUGGACAAGCUGGUCAGAGUGUUUGAGCUACAGUCUCAUGACAGGUUACAGGCUUAUGGAGGACAUUCUGACAUGGUGAUGUGUAUGGUCAUCCACAAAAGCAUGAUUUACACAGGUUGUUAUAACGGGAGUGUACAGGCUGUCCGGCUGAACCUACUCCAGAAUUACCGCUGCUUGUGGCAUGGAUGCUCGCUGAUCUUUGGUGUAAUGGAGCACCUGCAGCAGCACCUGUUGAACGACCACACCAACCACACGCAGCAGACGCUCAAGUGCCGCUGGAGAAACUGUGACUCCUUUUUCAACUCCCGCAACGGUUUCAAACAGGCCGUGCAAGCUCACAUGCAGAAACACGCAGAGGAGGACAGUAAACUGGAGUCUUAAGGAGUCCUGAAAUUGUCAACCUAGACAAUCCAAAUAACCUCCUCUUCUCCCAUAUUGGGAAGAUCUCAUCUACACCUCAGGAUAGGAGCUUUUUCCCUGUGCAAUCAUUUUUCUAUGUUUAAUCAGAUACCAACAGCUAUCAUUUUAGAAGGAGAGGACAAUCUACUGUGACUGUUCUAGAUGCCACUUCUGAGCAGGAUUUUAUGUGAAAUAGUCAUUUGUGUAUAGAAACUACAGACUGUGUAGUCUCUGUCAGCAUAUUUUGAAAGAGCAUUAUUGCUGUCACUUUACUGCUUAGUGAAUAUGUUGGAGGCUUUUGGCAUCCAAAGGUUCUCAAGUUUUUUUUUUAGCUUGUGGAAGUCCUUCCCUUCGAGUGGAGCUGCUGGUAUUCUGAUGAUGCCAGUUGAACCAUUUUCUCGUUCCUCUCAUGAUGUACACUGUAAUCUUAUCUGUGUGAAGAUUGACUGUACCUUUCUGGUAUAUGGUAACAUAUGCUAAUUCUGUCACCUUCGAGGAAAAGAUAACAGAUGUACAGGUAAUGGAUUACAGAUCUCUCUUUUUACUCUUUUCUCACCUGAUUAUACACAGUAUUAUCAGCUCUGGGAUGUAAUGACCAAAUAAAGACUAAGUAUUAAAAAAUAACUGUGGCGAAGAAAUACCGGUUAGAAUUGUUGGAAAGGCCAGAAGAGUUGAUGAUACCCCCUCCAGGCUAACAAACACACUUUGUUCAUUAGAGUGUAUGGCAUGGGUUCAGGGAUGUUUUUCUUUUGGAGUGUUUUAAGGUUUAUUAAUAUGGUCUUUUGGGCAACCAAUGUUUUUUUUUUUUUCUUUUGUUUGUUUCUUUAUUUACAUUUUUUGUUGUUGUUUUUUUUUUAACUAGAAGUGUUUUCAGAAGACCCUUUUUUCAUAUAAUUCACUCAGCUCAUAUAAACACAUUAACUCACAGCUAUUCCAUAUCAACAAGUUAGAACAAUCAAGAUUUAGGAUUUUCAGAACUUAAUUGAACAUUUUAAAAAUAGUUUUUAAAAGAUUUCUAAAGGGGUUGGUAAUUUUUUGUUGUUGUUCAAAUUUAAUAUCCUAUGUGGUUUUCCGUUCUCCACCACUGUUUUGAAAGAUGGCUUCAUAUACACCUAUAUUACAUGAGUGUGGGGUUAUUUAACUUUCUGAUUUUUUUUGGUUUGUUUUGUUUUUUUUCCCCUUUAUUUCUUCAUGCUGUUUGGUUGCUCACUGAGAUUAAAACGCAGUGGAGAGACUGCUGGUUUGCCGUAACUGAGAGUGUUCUGUUUAAGGAAAUGUGUUUGUUGUGAUUCUGACAGGGUUUGAAGUAUGACGGUCGGUGUGUGUAACUCAUUCUGAGCACAAUGUGUGGGAGUGUGCUUAUACCCAAGCAGUACAGUGCAGUAUUGCUGAUUUAAAAAAAAAUUUUUUUUUUUUUACAGUGAUUCUCACAUAGUCGAGAGAAUUCAAUAUGGGCUCUGCCCUUUUGUGAUUUUUUUUUUAUUUUUUUUAUUUAGAGAUAUUUAUAUGGACUGGAGGGGUUUGUGUGUGUGUGUAUUGCAAGUUGUUAAAGUGGUUAUUGUGAUAGGUGUUAUGGAGUGGAGAGCAUAGUGCCAGAACCCCUCUCCAAUGCCAUAGCACUCAGCCAUGCAGGCAGCACAUACUCGGUAAAAUUUACAGCUAGCUGUCUUCAUUUCAGCAACAUAACUUUAAACAUUUUAAAAUCGGGACAUCCGUUCUUAAAGUCUGUGCCACGGUUUAACUACUUUACCAUACUCAAAGAAUUUUUAUUCCAGAAUGUGGAGAUUAUAUAUAUAUUUUUUUUAUAUAUAUAUAUAAUUGGGUUUUUUUUUUUGGCUUCGAGCCGCAGGUUUUUCUCUCCCUGGAUCCCAUCGGUGGUGUGUCCUCCUGUUUAAGCAGUGUGUAGCCUUCAGGACAGUUUGUCAAUCUCUUAUCUGGUCUUCCCAAAGUUGGUUUGUUUUUGUUUAAUUCCACUGAAUACCUUGUUUAUAAUUAAAAAACAUUUACAGUUUUGUCAA